GCUAAACGACGUGGAAAUCGCCAUGAAGGAUAUAUGUACCCUAUUUGGGAAGGAGAAGAUGUCCCCCGAAGAUGUCCAACACAAUCUCGCGCGAAUCAAGUCAAUUUCUCUUGAAGAAUGGGUGGAUGGGGACGUUAUAGUGGAUGACUAUGCAGGACCAGACGAGGAAGAAGUAAACGCAAGUAGGUUAUUACGUGAGAAGUCGCCAUUCUACCACACUUUUCAGAAAAUAAGAAGAAUUGAAGAAAAACACGUGAAUUAGGAUGCAGAGUUGAACCCAUUUUACAAUCCUGCUGUGCUGAACGUGUUUGAAAACACAUACGCCCCAUACGUUGGAAUUUUCGCACGUGGAGUUGUGCAGCAAACCAAGAACGCCAACUUUGUCCGGGCAACGAAUGGAUCAUGUGAAUCAGAGUUUCGGCUAUUAAAGCAAAAUCUUAUCGUGGAACCGGAAAAUGUCGCCGACUUUGUUCGGCAUCGCUUUGAAAUUACAAAUGGUAAAAACAAAAAAUUUGUAUUCGACAAUCUACCAAAGAAACCAGCAAGCAAAGAAGCUAAGCUAGUUACAAAAACGCUGCAAAAUGACGACGAAAUCGAACGUGGAGAUAUUCCAAAGGGACUAAUUCAAGAAGAAGUUCAAGAAUGCAAGGAGACAUGGAGCAAAAGAAAAAAAGGCGAACGAAAAAAUAGAUAUUUACAUAAUAGGACUGAGCUUACCAAGCUUGACGAGGAGAAGGCAAGAGAGAAUGCAAGGGUUCAAAAGAUUGGGAGAGACAGGUCUUCUCAACCCAACUCAACAAGUUCUUACUCUGAACAAUCAAAAUAAUGUAGCACGAACUAUGGAUGGAUGUUUGGAGACUCGGCAAAGGCGUAAUAAAACAUCCGCGGAAGAAGAGGAGACUACCACAGCUAACCUGGAGUCAAAGUUCAGGAAAAUAGUCUCGGACAUUCUGACGGAUCAGCAAGGGAAUUCUGCCAAGCAAUCGCUGCGGAAGCAAGUUUUGGGUGAAGAAUUUGUCACCCAGGAGAAACAAUAUCAGCGAUAUAAGUAACUUGCAAAUACAUGGA